AACCUUUCUCACGUGCCCCAUCACCACCACUUGCACUUCAUCUUCUUCGCUCACUAAGGCGAAAAAACCAGGAUUUUCGCUCUUCUCACAAUUCAAAACGCUUCUUCAACUUGUAAGAGAGUCCCUGUGAGGUGUUUGUCAAAUUGUUUCGGACAGAUUUGGUGGUUAUCUUCAUCUCCCAACAAUUUGAUUAAUCUGAGUUGUUUAUGGUCAAACUUGUCAUCAUAUUCCUUGCCUGGAGUCCAACUAAUGAUCACUCCAUCAUAGCAACAAUUUCGUUGCCAGUAGCAACUAACUGCAGAGGCGUUUUGCUAAGCAAGGCCAAUCUGAUAGAAGAAACAUGCAAGCAGAAACUCCAUCAGAACCUUUGCAUCCAAUACCUCUCUUCUGACCCUCGCAACGCCGAUGUAGAUAUCGCAACUACAAGAAAAAACUUCAUGAUCAAUGUAAUCAAAACCAAAGCAAAUAAUGCCUUGGACAAGAUCCAACAACUUCUUCAGGGAAGCCAUGAACAUUCUCAAAAGGAAGCACUGAGUUCUUGUGCUGGUAGAUACAAGACAAUUCUGGAAGCUGACGUGGCACAAGCAAUUGCUGCUCUGCAGAAAGGAGAUCCCAAGUUCGCAGAAGAUUAUCGGAUAGUGUUCACCACUUCAGUUCUAUGA